AUGUCUAGCCAUGAAUACUUUGACGGCAUUGGAAGCAAUCAGCCAUUGGAAUAUGUAGAUGCUGACAUGGGUAUUCGUCAAGCCCGUGAGGCCGAAAACGAGGAUAUACACCACCCAGACUAUGUUGACGCCGACGACAAUUUUAACGACAGUGACAGAGACCACUUCCCUUCACCCACAGCUGCUCGUGAUUCGAUCGCUUCCAAUGGGGACAUCCAUGGUGACCUCAAUGGAAUUAUAGAAAAUCGAGAGAGAUCAUUGCGCUCUUACAGGCCAGACCGCGACCGACAUCGAAGUAGUGCAAACAGGGAUUACUUAAAAAUGCUGGUGAACGAGGAGCGUGGAAGCAAACAAAUGCGGAGGGUGCUUACUGCUGCAUUCGAUAGACUGGAUGUCGAGACACGCCGAGCUCAAGAAGCGGAGCGUCGAGCUCUUGACAUCGCUCAGCGAUUCAAAAUCGUCAACGAUGCAAGACUCUCUGCGCAGCAGGAGGUCAACAGAGUCAAGGAGGAAUUGCAUCUGUACAAGCUACAACUUUACAACGCUCAGGGUGAGAUUUCCAGGGGCUCAGAGAUUUUAAAGGACGUGGAGGCUCAACGCGAUGACGCGGAAGCUGCGGCCGCACGAGCUCGUAGUGCCGCUAGGCGAUUCAAAGAGCAGCACCUCAUGACACUGGCGCGAGAGGAAGGCAGGAGGCAAGGCUAUCAAGAAGGCGUCAGGAGAGGCUACGAAGAGGCGCGGUUGAGUCAAUAUCGCGGGCGAGAUAUCGAUGCGAACGCCCCUGCCGGCGUGAUUGUAGAUGAUGGGUACGGCUCCGUGCCACCACCUGGAGGUGGAAAUAUCUUUGAUGACCUUCCAGAUAUAUCGUUGAAUCUGCCUUCACCUCCUCGUGGAGUUAUUCCAUUGGCACCGGUUUCAACCGUAACGGAGGAAUCUGGACGUCUUGCUAUGCCACCUGCUGCACUGUCCUUCGGUGCCGGAGCAGAAGGUUCUCGCUUUCGCGAGAACAUUGCGAGUCCAGUGCCAUCGACCCUCGAUUCACUCUCUGGCAGACCACUCUGGCCUCUACCCCCUCCUGGAGAAACACCGAAGCACUUUCGCCCGCCAAAGCUGCCGAACACUGCACACUCUCCUCAUCGUCCAUAUACCCCACUUCCAGACGGCUAUGUGCCGUCCGCGGACGCAGACAAUUACAUCCACAUACCACCUCCACACGAAGUUGGGCCUCUACCUCCAUCCGUGUUUCCUCCGCCUUCGACUGCACUGUCAACGAUCACUUCGCUCGACUCAGAAGCAAUCCGUGCGCCACCUCGUGUAUCAUUAGACCGUGCGGAACCCCGCGUCCGUGAUUAUGCGUACACGCAGAAGCAACGCUCUUCACCGCGUUCGUUGGCCGAAUCGGUGCCAUCAACUACUAUAUCACAAUUUGACCUUCUUAGCUCGCCCCGUCAUGCAGCUCAAACUCGAAUGUUGAGUUCAAUCCCAGAAGUUUCGACCUCCAUGGAAAUGAGUCCAAGUGCUGAAAGCCGAGCCAGAAGCAGUAUCAUGCCUGAGCCUCUGGUCUUUCCUACUCCUGUACAGGGCCCGGAACAUACAGAAACUGCGGAUAAUUCCAGGUAUUCCGAUCCUAGUGUACUGGAUGAUUGGAGACGGACAACGGCGGACGAGCUGAGUCGAAGUAAUUCAAGAUCCUCACGCGGUCCUUCUAGGCGACCCUCUGCUGAGGUUGUCGCACCGUCGCCGUUGCAUAGAUCGUCUUCGGCUGGUGGCACCAGACCGUACUAUCCAGAUGCUGAUGUUCCAACGACUCAAGAAAGGUCACAAUCUGCGCAUCCCCGCUCGGAUGCUGGUUCUUUUGUGUCAGAUAGAGGACAUCGGAGUACACCGUCAGGGGACGUCACGAUCACUGUUCAGCCUCCGUCGGGCCCAAGUUCUGAGUUCUCUCCCAUGGGUGCAAACUCACGCAUGUUGUCGCCGAGUUCUGCCAAUAAUAUUCAGCCAUCAUCUCAGCCUAUUGUUUCCACUGUCCUUUAUGAGUCCUCGACGGCGAAUACACCUUCAACGGGAAUGCAGUUUACUAAUCCUGUCGACAAAUUUCCACCCAGAUUCAUUCCUGCUCGCUCGGGUCCGUCCGUAACAUAUCAGGAUACUACCUCGCCUUCGUCUCGCGUUCCCAAGCAUAGCAUUUAUACCGACUUCAACAUCGAUCGUCACAGUUCGUCGUCAUCUUCCGCUGACCUAAUUACUGGUUCGCAGCCUGAUCGACAAAGGCGACGGCGGUCAGGCAGCCUGACCAGCAGCGAUGCUCUACGCUCCAAAACACCGGUUGGGCGUCCCCUGUCGGCAAUGGGGAAUACGUCAGCCUCUCCCAGUAGGUCUCAGACCCCGAAUCAUAUACAAUACGUACCUGCCCCGGCACCAUCGAGUCGAUCUCAUACCCCGAGCCGUUUGCAGUAUGUAUCUGCACCAAUUCCGCCAGGCGUGCAAUACCCCGAAGGCUUGGCAGACAGCCAGAAUGCACGUAGCUCGACGCCUGGUAACGCCGGGUCAAGUGUCUUGUUGCCAUCAUCUCUGUACGGAAAUAUGAGCCCUCGCUCCUCAACGUCACGGCUCUCCGUACACCAACGCAGCUUCAGCCUGAACGCAGGCUCGACUCCUGCCGCUAAUCCGCGGCCCUUGUCGACCGCCCCUCCACCGCAGUUGCGCCGCGUUCCCUCCACUGGGUCUAUCUCGAGCGCGGUCUCUGGGCAGUCCGAAUACAAACGUUACGAUCGCCGCGACUAUGCCGACCCAGCGUACUUUGCGAGCACCGAGGAUUUACAGUCACCCAACACGAAGGCCAAUACCAGAACAAAUGCUACACUCCCUGGCGUGCCUUCGCCUGCCCGAUCUUAUCGAAGUUUGAGGGAUUGA